UCCUAUAUGUUAUUGGUCUGUGUUAAAAACAAUAAAAUUUAUAGGUUAUAAACCGCAAGUGACCACAAUUUUUUUACAAUUUGACUGUCUACCUGCUAAAUUGAUAUUACAACAAAACUGAAAAUAGAUAAUGUGCCCACACAGCUUCAUCGUUUUUCCCAAUUUCCAAAAAAAUAUAAUUAUUGAGUGAUAGUGAUAAUAAUUCGUUGUAUUGACAACUGCAUAGAUCGCAGGCACAUUAUUGUAUAUUUUUAUUGAUAUUCGUUUAUUAUUUAUAUCAAUAACAAUGCCAACAUGGAAUCAGAUUCAGUCACAGUUACGAAACCCAAACAACCCAGUUGUUUUCUUCGAUAUAACCGUCGGAACAACGGAAAUAGGACGAAUGAUAUUCGAGCUAUUUGCUGAUGUGGUGCCAAAGACAAGUGAAAAUUUCCGGGAGUUUUGCACUGGUGAAUAUAGGAGAGAUGGUGUGCCUCUGGGUUACAAAGGAGCUACCUUUCACAGAGUCAUAAAGGAUUUCAUGAUACAAGGUGGAGAUUUUGUUAAUGGCGAUGGCACUGGCGUCAUGAGUAUUUAUGGAGGAAGCACUUUUGCAGAUGAGAACUUUGCACUGAAACAUGAUUCGCCUGGUCUCCUAUCCAUGGCCAACAGUGGCAAGGACACAAACGGCUGUCAAUUUUUCAUCACUUGCGCAAAGUGUAAUUUCCUCGACAACAAGCAUGUGGUUUUCGGCAGAGUUAUCGAUGGUUUGUUAGUAAUGAGGAAAAUAGAAAAUGUUCCUACAGGACCAAAUAAUAAACCCAAGAUACCAGUGACAAUUUCACAGUGUGGACAAAUGUAACGGUGCAUUGACAGUUCAUGUAACUUAAAUACCUGUGGCAGCACUCCAGGCUUCCCUCUUUGGUUCCUGUGAAAAUCUCACAUCUUAAAAGAGAGAUAUAAUAGUGUGCAAUAGAGAGGUGUUUGUUAAAUAGCCACAGUGCUGUGCAAGCUGAGUCACACUUUAUUGCGUUGUAAUAAGUCUCAAUUUAUUUAAACAUCUUUGUGAAGUGAGACUUGAGGCCUGAAACAUCCAACGAGUGACAGAAGACAUUCAAAUAAAUAGCGACUUGACAAAAAAGUGCAGUUUGCACAUGACCAGUCCAUAAUAAUUUAACAAGCACUUCUUUCUAUUGCAGAAACUUUUAUCUCUUGUCUUAUCUAUAAGACUUACGCUUAAGUUGAAGAAUAAUAAUAGAGAUAAGUUGUGUUUGUUAUAAUGAUAGUAAAUAAAUUGAUUUUUACAU